AUGGCAUCUUCCAGUGGUCCACUAAAUGAGGAGCUCCAGUGCUCCAUCUGUCUGGACGUGUUCACUGAUCCAGUCACCACUCCAUGUGGACACAACUUCUGCAGAACCUGCCUGAGCAAGUGCUGGACGAACACACAGACCUGCUUCUGUCCAUUCUGUAAAGAAACAUUCAGCAGAAGACCUGAUCUCAAGAUUAAUACAACACUCAGAGAGGUUGUGCAACACUUUAAGGAGAAGCUCGAUCUAGGAGAAUCUGAGGUGUUCUGUGACAUCUGUGAUGAAAGAAAGCAGAAAGCUGUGAAGUCCUGCCUGAUGUGUCAAAGCUCUUACUGUGAUGAUCAUCUGGAGCUUCAUCUCAGAGUCCCACGUCUAAAGAAACACACACUGAUCAACGCUGUGGAAAAUCUGGAGGAUUAUAUAUGCCAGAAACAUGAGAGACCUCUGGAGAUGUUCUGCAGAGAUGAUCAGACGUGUGUUUGUCUGUUCUGCACUGAAGGAGAACACAGGACUCACAACACUGUUCCUAUAGAGGAGGAGAGUCAAGAGGAGAAGACUCAGACAGACGAGCAGCAGAUGAUCCAGAAGAGAAUGAAGAAGAUUCAAGAGAUCAAACACUCAGUAAAGCCGAGAAAACCUAUCACCUCCAAUGACAGUUUCCUUACAUCAUCUCGAACCGUCCAUAUUUCAAACGGGAUGAUUAUUGGUCUGGGUGUCCUGUUGGUAGCAGUGUUGAUCAUCUUUCCUAAACAAUACACCAAGUGCUCAUCCCUGAACAGCCUUUCACACACCAAGAACUGGACUGAGAUCAGUAGUGUCUCUGAUGUGUAUGUGCUGAAAAGAGCUCUGACUGAACUGAGGAAAACUCAUGAGACACUAAAUGAAAAAAUCAGUCAAACUGGGUUGAAGUUUGUGCAGAAGUUUGCAGUGGAUGUGAAUCUGGAUCCUGAUACUGUGAAUCCAUAUCUCAUCCUGUCUGAUGAUGGAAAACAAGUCAGUCAUGGACACAUUGAGCGGAAUGUCCCAAAAAACCCGAAGAGAUUUGAUUACACUGUUUGUGUUCUGGCAAAGCAGGGAUUCAGUUCAGGGAGAUUUUACUAUGAGGUGCAGGUGAAGGGAAAGACUGGGUGGAGUUUAGGAGUGGCCAGAGAAUCCAUUAACAGGAAGGGGGAGAUCAUACUGACUCCUGAUAAUGGAUACUGGACUGUGUGGCUGAGGAAUGAGAAUCAAUAUUCAGCUCGUGAUGAUCCAUCUGUCUCUUUAUCUCUGAGAGUGAAACCUGAGAAGGUGGGAGUGUUUGUGGAUUAUGAGGAGGGUCUGGUCUCUUUUUAUGACGUGGGCUCCAGAUCUCAUAUCUACUCUUUCACUGGUCAGACUUUCACUGAGAAACUCUAUCCAUAUUUCAGCCCAGGCCUUAAUGAUAAAGGUAAAAACUCAAAGCCACUGAUCAUCACACGUGUCUACUGAAACAAACAAACAAAAAAAACAUAAAAUCUGAAAUGAUUAAAUAUGGAUGUGAUGUUUUUAGAAUAUGUAAACCAAAGAAGGAUUUGCACAAUCCACAAUCAAGUAGAUUUUACUUACAAUUAUAAAGAAUUUUUUUUACAUGUGAUACAAGUGCAAAAAAUAACUGAAUCAUCAAAACAUCAACUAUAAUGAAAUAUUUGUGAGAUAUGUACAUGUAAAUGGCCAAUUUGUUGCACAUAAACGAGAAAAAAGGAGUACUGUUGCACAUAUAUAUUUUGUUUGUCUUUCGUUCGUUAAUACUUUGCUUUCAAAUUUACUAUGAAAUUUUACAUAAUAUGAUUUAAAGGUGCAGUACACGAUUUCUUAAAUUCGAUGUUGAACACUGUUGAUAUUUGAAAUCAACCCAAACAAACCCACUCCUCUCUUCAUUGCUCUGCCUCCAAAACACACACUCCAAUCCUAACCACUCUGCUCCGAGUCGGUCUUGAACCCCAGCCUGAUCGCUGCUGGCAUCUGAGGCAACUGCACUAACAAUGACACUACACACCUCAUUCUCUAGCGGACUCAGUAAUAUUUAGUCCACCUUUAAUAUUAUAUUGUGAAAUUCUACAUAAUAUGCUAUUUCCAGACUUUCUGAUGUGUUUCUACAUGUUAUUUUGUGAGGAAAUCUCUGAAGCCAUAAUUUUCUCUCCUCUCCAGCUGUUGUAUACUUGUGAAAU